AUGGGGUGUGUUUUUGGAAAAGAGAUUUCAUCAUCUGGGCCUCCUACUGGCCAAGUUGUAACUGGUAAUGGUAGGGUUAUUGAGGGAAAGAGAGAUUUAGUCUCACAGUCGGGGAGGAGAGAGAAAGUAGUAGUUGGUUCUGUAAGUAAGGCGGAGGACCACAGUGGCUGCAAAGGCGGAGGGGAUGGUGAAGUUCAGAACGGUGGAGAUCAGAAGGAGGAGCAGAGGGAUGGAAAUGUGCGAAAGCAGAGAAGUGAGAGGAGGAGGUCUAGGCCAAAUCCUCGUCUGAGUAAUCCCCCAAAGAACAUCCAUGGCGAGCAAGUGGCUGCUGGAUGGCCAGCUUGGCUCUCGGCAGUUGCAGGGGAGGCAAUUAAUGGAUGGACCCCUCGUCGGGCUGACACAUUCGAGAAACUUGAUAAGAUUGGACAAGGUACUUACAGUAAUGUCUAUAAAGCUAAAGAUACCUUAACGGGGAACAUCGUUGCAUUAAAGAAAGUCAGAUUUGAUAAUUUGGAGCCCGAGAGCGUGAGAUUUAUGGCUCGAGAGAUUUUGAUUUUGCGUCGUUUGGACCAUCCAAAUGUUGUGAAAUUGCAAGGAUUGGCAACUUCAAGGAUGUCAUGUAGUUUGUACCUAGUGUUUGACUAUAUGGUGCAUGAUUUGGCUGGCUUGGCUUCAAGCCCCGGAAUCAAAUUUACAGAGCCUCAGGUCAAAUGCUACAUGCAUCGGCUAUUGUCAGGCCUUGAGCACUGCCAUAACAGGCACGUGUUGCAUCGUGAUAUUAAGGGGUCAAAUCUCCUAAUUGAUGAUGGAGGAGUUCUUAAGAUUGCUGAUUUCGGUUUGGCUUCCACAUUUGACCCUAACAACAAGCAGCCGAUGACCAGUCGAGUGGUUACUCUUUGGUACAGGCCUCCAGAGCUGCUUCUUGGUGCCACCAAUUAUGGUGUAGGUGUGGACUUGUGGAGUGCUGGGUGUAUUUUAGCGGAGUUAUUUGCUGGGAGGCCCAUCAUGACUGGGCGGACAGAGGUGGAACAGCUGCACAGGAUUUUCAAGCUAUGUGGCUCUCCGUCGGACGAAUAUUGGAAAAAAUCUAAACUACCGCAUACAACCAUAUUCAAGCCUCAACAGUCAUAUAAAAGAUGCAUAGCAGAGACCUUUAAAGAUUUCCCGCCAUCAUCACUGCCAUUAAUUGAGACUCUACUUGCAAUUGAUCCAGCUGAGCGUCAAACUGCUACAGCUGCAUUAAACAGUGAAUUCUUCAGAACAGAACCUUAUGCAUGUGAUCCAUCAAGUCUUCCAAAGUAUCCUCCCAGCAAGGAGAUGGAUGCUAAGCGGCGUGAUGAAGAAGCUAAAAGGCUAAGAGCUGCUGGUAGAGCCAAUGCUGAUGGUGUGAAAAAAACACGUACACGGGAACGACCAAUGCGGGCAAUCCCUGCUCCUGAAGCCAAUGCUGAGCUGCAAGCCAAUAUUGAUAGACGGCGACUAAUUACACAUGCGAAUGCAAAGAGCAAAAGUGAAAAAUUUCCACCCCCACACCAGGAUGGAGGACUUGGUUAUCCUUUGGGCGCUUCACAUCACAUGGAUCUGGCCUUUGAUCCUCCUGAUGUCCCGUACAGUUCCAUGAAUUUCUCAUAUUCCAAGGAACCCAUUCAAACUUGGUCGGGCCCAUUGAUGGACCCCUCUGCUGUUGGUGCUCCACGAAGAAAGACGAGGCCAUCGAAGAAGGAUAAGAACUCCAAUUGGAACAAGGAGAAAGGUAACAUGUAA